GGACCUACGGUCCACUACUAUAAGUACGACAUCACGUCGCCCAAGACCAUCGCGGCCGUAGCGUAGUCGAUUCGCGCCGAGGUGUGCGCGCCGACCGUCAUCAAUAACGCCGGGGUGGUGCAGGGGCGAACGCUGCUUGACACGAGCGAGCGCGACAUCCGCUUCACCUUUGACGUCAACACGUUCACGUACUACUAGAUCGUGCGCGAAUUUUGCCCUCACUAAUUAAGGCGGACUACGGCAUGGUGGUCACCGUAGCGUCGGUCGCUGCGUCGGUCGCUGCGUCGCAGAGCUUCUACGAGGGGCUCGCGGCCGAGCUCAAGACGCGGUACGGCGCGCCGCGCGUGCGCACCGUGGUCGUCAACUAGGGCUACACGCGCACGCCGCUGUUCACGGGCUACCAGAACGACAGCCCGUGGCUGAUGCCGGCGCUCGAGCCCCAGACCGUCGCCGACGCCAUCGUGCGCCAAGUCCUCUCGGGCACCUCGGGCCAGCUCCUGCUGCCCACCAUGGCCAACGCCCUGCCCCUGUUGGGCGCCCUGCCGCAUUGGUAUUCGACGCGCCUGCGCUUGAAGAACGAGACCUCAUGGCCAAGUUUGCCGGUCGCAAGGUUGUGGAGGAUGUCGACAAGUUCUACGAGGCCAAGGAGAGAGAGGUCGACGUGGGCUAGAAAUUCGUAUUUUAAUGGCAGCCGCAGCUGGUGCCCAGUGCUUGUGGCGGAGGCUGCCAUUCCCCAAAGUGCCGUCUUGGCACUCCAAAUACUGGGGAUCCAGCAACAGCGGCACCUUGACAAACGUAUCUGUCAGCUUCACCAGCGUCGGCUAGCCUAGACUCUGAGAUCCAGACUGCCGGCUAAUCCUACCAUGCGCAUCCAGUUGCUUGUCGGCGGCGGCUCUCCUACAUGGGUCAUGGAGCGAGCGCU